AUGGGGCUUUCAGGUCGGUAUUCGCUUGCCGGAAUGCUGCGUUCUUCCAGGCUGACCUUGGACAGCACGUGGAAGAACACCCUUGUCCGAUCCUUUUUUUCCGAAGAGCAACUCGAUGAACUUGGACUUCCAGAAGAAGAAAUUGCAGACUACAUGAUUAAACACAUUGUACCGUUUGUUAAGUCACAUCUCGUUGAAGCAAUAAAGGUUCGAAAUGAAAGCUUCGACCAAUUUGUCGCAGACAGGCUUGCUGAGCAAGGGAUUGUCGCGAGAGAACAGCAAGAGAAGAUCAAGAAAGUCAUGCAAGCCAUGGCUGCAGCAAAGGUGCAGAUCACCGACCAAACAGAUACCUUGGAAGAACAGCAAAACAAAAUAGCUGAACUCACCCGGAAACUGGAGGCGGCCACGCUAUAUUUAGAAGAGAGAGCAGCAAACCUCGAGAAGCAAGUAAUCGAGAAGGAGGCUUGGAAACUGGAACAGGAGUUGAAAGCUGAGGCGAAAUUUCCAAAGUAUGCGGUAGAUGCCCUAAGAGACCUCGAAGAGGAGGUUGGCAUGCCACCGAACAAUGGAGAGGAUGAGGAGAAAGAAGAGUCGUCCUCACAAACCCCCUCGGCGACUACGGCAACGGCAAAAGCUGACGAAUGCUCCCCGACCUCGAAGGAGAUGGAAAGAAUUCUAAAAGACGGCAUGGCGGAGAUCCAAGAUUUGUUGAGACAACUCUUGGCCAAAGCAAAACAGAGCCUUUGUGAGAUUGCCGCAGUGGAUCGAGUUCCGGCAACUCUGCAGACUCAGCCCUCUGAACUGCCAGGCAGCCCCGUCAAAAACGUCGUGGACGCAGCUACGGAGACUGACGACUCUCGGAUAAAUCCUUCACUACGCCGCCCUUUUUCUCGCACUCGUCCACCCCAGGUUCUUCCUCGCGGGCCGAUGCCUGCCUCCUUCGUAGUGCCUCCUUCUUUGCCGCCCCCGCCUCCCUCAUCCCCCGGAGAAAGUUUUGGAUUUCCCAGGUCCCAGUUCCCUCCGUUUCCUGUUGCUCGCGUGGUGUACGGUCAGUUCCAGGACGUAGCGGUGAAUUCUCCUGGCGUGAGAGCCAACGUGCCUCUUCACGAUGGCGCCUCCUUGCCCUCUCCCAGCAUCCGACAAAAUUCCCAUUCUCCCAACUCUCCACCCGCGGGCUCGUUCGCCUAUAGUCCCCUUCCAGUCCAAGUCGGCAAGGACUUCCCACGCGGAGGGUUUCCCGCCGACAGCUUAGGCAGAUCGUCUGUGGCUGCUUCCUAUCCGAGUUCGUUUCUUCCUCCUGCUGCGCUUCCUUUUCCUCCGGAUCGUCCGCCAGGGUUUCGCCCGUACCCUCUGGGUUUGAUCCCUUCUUCGUCUCCGGGUCCCCCAGAUCAACCAGGUUUGCCUUCCUCGCCAAAUUGUGGUCUUUCUCGUCCGUGGCGCCCCGCAACUUUCUUCCCUAUGCAAAUGCGUCCGGGGACUUCUCGCGGGGUCUGGAGUCCACAGCCGCUUCUCCAGGCGAGCGGUGAGCCCUCAACGCAUCUCCGAUCGUCGCCAGAACGUACGCCCUCCGCAGCAGUCGGUGUCGGUCCGCCUUCUCCUGGCAGACCACAGAAUGGAGUCGCAUCGCAGCAAGGCGCUGUGGACCCGAGCACCGGACCGUUUGCUCCUACUGUAAAGCCACCAUCCUUCCUGCCCGUGGCGCGGCCGCUUCCCCUUGGCCGACGCCUUCCCUCGCCUCCCACGUCUUGUGCAACUUACACAUCCUUCCCCCAACUUGGAGGCUUCCCUCCCUUCCCUCUCUCCGGCCUGUCUGCCGCUCCGCCUUUCGGGCACCGCCUACCUGUCUCGCCUGACGCCCAGCCGACUACCCCCGUCCAGCCUCAGUCCCGUGAGAGUCCGGGCGAGCCCGAGCCGAGCGCUUUGGGACAACCACCCGAAGCGUCUGACGGAGGCGGAAUGUCACAGACUACAGAGGAUAGGGCGAACGCGUGUCUGUAUGCUGGCGGCGGCUCUGGGGCGGAUGAGGCUUCUAGUGCCAGCUUCCAGAGAGAGGAGGGAGGAGCCGAGGCCUCACGAUCCACCGAGGAAGGCGGUGACCAAGCGAAGGGGCAAAAGAAGACAGAAACGAAUCCUUCCGUCCAGCGGCCACCGCCAGGGGCCCCGGAGUCGCUCGGAACUGUAUCGGGCUCUGACGAAUCUGGUGAGGGCCCUGUAUCUUCUAUAGAAACGCACACUGCAAGGUCCUCACAGCAUCCGAAGCGCACCGCGUACCUUGCGUUCCAAGAAGCGUGUCAAGCUUUAGAGGCGUCUUCAGUUCCUGCGGGUUCUGUGUUUCCUUUCUUCGUAGAGUCUGCCGCCGCAGCAAGGGAUAGUAUGCCUUCUCCCGCCGUCUCGCCCAGACCGGAAAAGGAGCGCACGGCGUCCAACAGCGUGGCGGUGCCUGCCGCAGAGACAGAAGACGGUUGUGGGGAAAGGCGACCAGGACCGGAUUCAGUUCAAACUGUGCCACCGCAAACAAAGGCCUUGCUGUUCGAUCACUCGCCCCAAACUGGACCUAACAUAACACCGGAGGCGGCCGUCGUCUUGCCAUCGGAUCCGCCUUUUCCGUCCUCGGACUGUAUCUGUAGACGUCCCGAGGGCGAAGGCAUGCCGCUUCAGUCCCCAGACACAAACGCUGCGGAGUCCCCUGUGGCGCCUUCCCAACGUGACGCCGGUGAGGUUGAACAGGCGCAAGAAACCGCGUGCGAAGUGGAGUCGGAAGACGUUCCACAGUGGUGCCAUGGUUAUGCUUCUGCUUUUGGACCGCUUCCUGCCACGGCCCCGCCCCUCGCUGGCAGUUGGAAGCCAGGAGGCGAACAGUCUCUGGAUCGCGCUGAGGAUCGCGCAAGCGAGUUGAAGGGCGGAGCAGAAGAGACAGAUUCCGGCGCAGGGUGUACCCCGAUGCAGGAGGAAGGUCCCAAAUCUCGAGAGAGCCGACUGAUCAGAAUGACGCAGAUCUCUGUCAGUCGAGGUCGCGAUCCGAUGGCUUCUCUCUACCCAACCGGCAUAUCACUGGAAACUGCUCUCCAAAUGCGAGCCCCGCGUGCUGCUGCGGCGGGGUAUGAAAAAUAUUGUCUCUCUUUUCUGCCGGAGUUCGACACCUCGGAUAAUAUUUCGCGCGCCUGGCCGCCUCUUUCUCCCCUCAACCAACCUUCAGAACCUCUGAGCUGUUCGUUUGCUCCGUCCCAUACUUGCCUCGGCUCUCCUUUUCGCGCGCCUGCUAGCUCCAGCCAGCCGUGUGGUUACGACGCAUCAAUGGAAAAUCCCGCCUCGCCAAUCCCCCGAACCGCAAGUGAGGGCCAAGGGUUCCUCACGCCCGUGACGGCCGGGGCAGAUGCUUUCGCCUUUACAGAUUGUUCGGGACAUCCUCGUCUUCGCCCGUUGUUUCCGUACGAACAGUUGUAUUGGGCAGGAGUCACAGACGGUAUAUCGGACGCGUGGAGAAGCAGUACUCCGGCUGAGACAGGCUCGCCCUCGGCUCUUCCCCUCCGAGAGGACUGUGAUGGCCAGGUGUCUCCGUCUCCCUCAGGGCCCUCCUACAAUCAACAGGAGAGUUACUUUGAGAGUUUUCCGCAGUCCGCGAGUCGGGUCAAUGAAGUGGUACGCUUGGGACCUGGGGAGGCUUUUUGGCGUCCACAGCUUCCGGAUUUUCGUGCUUUCGACAACGCAAUAAAGAGUCCUUCCCACCCUUCACCCCUGCAAAAGCCCGUCACACGAGUCCCCCUCCACUGCGUUGGAAGCGGAGCCCCGAAACGCCGCUGCGCGUGCCCGGCAGAUCUUGCAAGUCGACAACCCUCGGCUGCGCCUCUGGAGAGAGGCAACUCGACCUGCUCGAACAGAGAGUCUCCGCAGCGCCCUGUACCGCCGGAUGAGGGGACCGUCAGUCCCCCCCACGCCACGACGGCGGUUGAAGAGCCCAACGAAGAAGAGACACUGGUCGCCGCCACCGACGCGAGCGGCCGAACCCCAAGAAUCACAGAUGAAACUCGAGACCGAGGUGAAUGCGCAGAGUGGGGCAACCACAGCUUGGCUCCAACAGAAAACGAGCUGGGCGAGGAUGGACCCCGCGUCGAUUGCUCUUGCCCACUGAAGAAGCCGACGGGCCGAGGAAUUUGCGGAGAUCAUCAGAGCGUCGAUAGCCGUAAAAACAGCCCCUGCGGGUGUCCCGGUCGGCGCUCUGCGGCAAGUUCUCCGGAUCUGGCUUUCUGCAGUCGCCGUCCCUUCUCUCCCAGACACGAGCCGGAGGUGUGCACCCGUUCGUGCCGGAACGAACGGAACAGGAGAGAAGCGUGUGAUCCUUGCGGGGGCGGAACAUCGACUGCAUGCUCUCUAAACCGUCGGCCCUCUUUCGGUCGGCUCCAAGCGAUUCCCCUUGUCCGCUGUCACUCUCCGCAAGCCCGAUACCAAGUUGCCAAACUCGGAGUUGGCGGGUACCCCGUGUACCCCUCUGAGGAGGAUCUCGUCGACAUGUACCAAUUUGCGUCCACAGACACCGCGCCGCCCGACCACGGUGGUGCUGAGGGGUCCGAGCGUUCCUGCCCCACCGAGACACUUCCUCUUUUCUCGGGCGGGAUGACACGGUCCGCCACAGACCUCGGGUUCUCUGGAGACGGAACGCGACUCUCGAACAGCUCGAGACGCACCUCCCCCAGACCUGCGCUCGCGGGGAGUCCGAGCAGCUCCAGUCGCGGAAGUGGAUCUCAAACCAGCAGGGAGGAUGGAGCUGUGGGGAGGAGACUGAAACAACCCGUGCCUUACAUUCCCAUAAGAGGCUCUAAGAUCGGUCAGUCAAGAAGAACGCCCCUCGAAAGAGAGACGCUGUCGUCCUUGGCUGCGAGGAAUCGGCGGCUUGAAAACCAGGUAAGCGACUGUCUCUUUUACAAAGCGAGUGUUGUCUCCACAUUCAGUGCCGUUUGGGUCGAGAAGCUGCAGCUAGAAAUAUCGUGUCACAAGGCUCUGUGCGAAGACACGAUCUACAACCAGCGGCGCUAA